AGAAAGUGCGAGUGGAGAGCCGGAACGAACAGAUCGGGGGCGUCCCGCAAAUUGUUAGCGGGACUGAGGAGUCCCGGAGGACUUUGCUGUGCGCGUGACUCGAGCCCUUGUCACUUCUGCUUACAAUUGAUACUGUAGCUCGUCGGGGAUCGCAAGCUUUUUGGCCGAGUGUUGCUUUCGCUGCGCGACACGAGGCUUUAGAUGGAUGACUCGCGGCAUCGGUUCCUUUGAAGGCGCACGUGUACACGUUAUUGGCGUAUCAAAGUGCGUACGCACGCGGAUACUUGAUAUUUUGUUAAGAAAUGGCCAGCACAGCGACCGCGAAUGCAGAAAAUAGCUCCAGCAAUAAUGGAGACGACGCGGAGACGGAGAAGCGGCUCAGAGAGAGAGCCGAGAGAAAUCGUCAAAGAGCACUCCUGUUAAAAAAAUCCAAGGUUGUAACGCAUCCGUAUGCGAGGGAAAAUGGUGACUCUGUGAAAGGUAGACUGCUAAAAGUUCAAGGGCAGCGAGUUAUCGAUAGCGGCGGAGGCUUCCUCAUAGAAGAAAAUGAUGAAUUAGAACAGCAAAUGCUGAAGAUUAGAACCGAGCCGGAACCAGUUAUUGGUAAAUUUAACGAGUGCGAGGAGUGCCAGCAGAAAUUUGGAGACUCGUACCUCCUGCAAACGUUCGACCUGGCUGUCUGUGAUAAGUGCAGAGAUAAAGAGGGAAAGCACUCCUUGAUCACCAAAACUGAAGCGAAACAAGAAUACCUGUUGAAGGACUGCGAUCUCGAUCGACGGGAACCCGUUCUGAAGUAUAUCAUGCUAAAGAAUCCUCACAACGCGAAUUGGGGCGAGAUGAAGUUGUAUCUGCAUCUGCAGAUAGAACAGAGAGCUUUGGAAGUUUGGGGCUCGGAGGAGAACUUGUUGAAGGAGAAGGAAAUGCGCGAUGUAAAGCGGGCGGGAGCUAAAAUCAAGAAAUUCAAUAAAAAGAUGAAACAGCUGCGAAUGCAAGUGAGGAGUUCGUUGUACGAUAAGACGACAAAAGCGUCUCAUGUUCACGAGUUUGGAGAAGACACGUACAAUGAAGAGGAUGAUACGUACACGCAUACUUGUAUGACGUGCGGUUAUGAGGAUACCUACGAAAAAAUGUGAAUGCCCGAAUAUCAUUCACGAUAGCACGAGUCAGUUUGAUAUCACUUUAUCACGAGAGAGAGAGAAGUAUCGAUACGAUCUUACAGACAAGUCUUGGAAAAGGAAUUUGUUUUUCUCUCUCGAAAAUGUGGGUGAUAUGUUCUGUUGAUCAAUGCACUUUCGAUAUUUACAUAUUAUUUUUAUAUUAUUUCACAAAAUCAGAUUUAAAGGAAAAACGUGAUAAAUUAUAU